CUUCAGUCUUACUUCUCAGACACGCAAAAAUGAAAACCCUUCUACUACUACUUUGUGCAACUGCGGCUUUUGCCGACGACACAGGCAUCGAACAGUUCGCUUCCAGCAGCAAACUCUUCACCGGAUCCGUCUACAAAGAAGUCCUAGUUGACAACAACGACAACAUCCUCGUCAGCCCCUUCUCCGUCGAAACCAUCCUCGCCCUCACCCAAUCCGGCGCCGUCGGCGUCACGGGUGCAGAAAUCCGCUCCAGCCUCUUCCUCCCAGAAACCAAAGAAGACACAGACGCCCUCAUCAAAACCGUCCUCCCUGCCCUCAAAAGCGACCAGUACACUCUAACAACCGCCAACAAAGUCUACGUCGAAAACAACUUCGCCAUCACACAAGACUUCCAGAAAGUCGCAACCGACGUCUACCAAGCGGCUUUCCAAAGCAUCGAGUUCGCGGAAAAUGUAGCAGCAGCGGAAGAAAUCAACAAAUGGGUGGAGGAAGAAACGCACGACAAGAUCCACGACCUUGUGACUCCUGAUGACUUAGACGAAAACACGAGAGUGGUCCUGGUCAAUGCUUUGUAUUUCCAAGGGAAUUGGACCACUCCGUUUGAACCCCUAUUCACCAAGAAAGCCACGUUUCACUCCCCUAAUGACAAGACCGUCGAAACCGACACCAUGUUUAUAGAGUCAGCGGAGUUCAAUUUUUACGAAAACGAAGAACUAGACGCUAAAUUUCUGGAGUUGCCUUUCGUGGGGGAGGGGGCUUCUAUGACGUUCGUUCUCCCGAAUAAACAAGACGGGAUUGCCGUUCUGGAAAAGCAAGCAGGGGAUGUUUUGAAAACGCCGGAGUACACGAAAGAGUUUGUGCAGGUGUCGCUGCCUAAGUUUAAAGUGGAGGAUGCGGUUGAGUUUAAGGAGAUCCUAGAAAGAUUGGGAGUGCAUGCCGCUUUUAACCCAGAAGUGGCUGAUUUUAGCGGGAUCGCCGGACUUCCUGGAGACAUCAUGAUCAGUAAAGUUACUCAGAAGACUUUCAUUGAUGUUAAUGAAAUGGGAGUGGAGGCGGCGGCUGCUACAGCUAUUGUUGGACCUACGAAUGUUCCGCCACCACCUACGCAAGUGUUCAUUGCUGAUCAUCCUUUCGUUUUCUAUAUAUCUGUCAACGGUGUGGUGUUGUUCGAAGGGAGAGUGUUGGUGCCUAGUUACUAGGUGAUUUGUUUUGGCUGUUGAUAAAUAAAGUGAUAUAAAAUAAAA